CCCCAGAUGGCAGCAGCUGUGGCUGUAGUAGGCAUACAGGCAGCGUGGGCCACAGCGACGUACACUCUGUUUCAAUGAGCAAAUCUCGUCCCUCCGGUUGAAACGCCACUUCCAAUGGGACAACUCCAUUGAAAUAUGAGUCUGGAAGGAUGCGUUCAUCUUUCCGAGUUCAAGUCGUCGAGAGGGACGCAGCCAUUUCGUGUGAUUUACAGUUUCUUUGUCUUUUGCACGAGUAAAGCGGCGAGGCGGCAGAAGGCAAAAUGGUGUGUGUGUUCAAUAUGUGGAUCCCCUGGCCCCCGCGUUCACGCCUGUUUGCACUGCAUCCAUUUUGCAUGUUACCAGGAUCACGUUCAUGAUCAUUCCUCUUCGAUGCAACAUAAUUUGGCUGCUGAUGUUGAGCAAGGCCAGAUCUUGUGCAUGGCUUGUGGAGAUUAUGUCUAUGACUCUGAGGUUGGGAGGAUUGCCAAGGCUUGCCGUGAAAAAUCCCGUCGAUCGCUUGGUCUUGACACUGAAUACAGGUCAUGGCAGCCAGAUGAAAUGGAAAUGACACUCUUGCAGACUCAUCCAAAAAGGAGGAGGCCAACUGCAAAUUCAACUAUUGGUCUUCGAGGUUUAAUCAAUUUAGGAAAUACUUGCUUUAUGAGCUGCAUAGUGCAGGCAUUGACGCACACCCCUUUACUUAGAGACUAUUUUCUCUCGGACAAGCAUGUCUGCCAAUUUAACAAUGAUGCUUCACGUUGCUUGGUUUGCGAAAUCUCCAGAUUAUUUCAAGAGUUUUACAGUGGUAACAAAGCGCCUUUGAUUCUUCAUAAACUACUUCACCUUAUCUGGACGCACGCAAGACACUUGGCAGGUUACGAGCAGCAGGAUGCGCACGAGUUUUUUAUUGCUGCCCUUGAUGUGUUACAUCGUCAUUGUCAGGGUAAUCCUCCAUCCAAUGGAGAUUCCACACACACAUGUUCCUGUAUUAUAGACCAAAUUUUUACUGGCGGAUUGCAGUCUGAUGUUGUAUGCCAAGCAUGCAACGGAGUUUCAACUACAAUUGAUCCUUUUUGGGAUAUAUCUCUGGACCUUGGGCCAUGUCCAUACAGCAGCAGUAAAUCAGAGAAGAGUGUUCCAACCUCUCUUACGGACUGCUUAGAACGGUUCACUAGGCCGGAACAUCUAGGGAGUAGCGCAAAAAUAAAAUGUAGCAGUUGUCAAAGCUAUCAGGAAUCAACAAAGCAGUUAACAAUGAAAAAACUUCCAAUAGUUUGUAGUUUCCAUUUAAAGAGGUUUGAGCAUAGCAACAGGUUACAUAAGAAAAUUUCAACAUUUAUAUCUUUCCCUGAACAUUUAGAUAUGACUCCUUUUAUGUCAAAUAGAAGAAACAACAACAACAAUCACAAUGGAGUCACAACACAUCCUACUGACAUAAAUAAUAGGUACUCACUUUUUGCAGUUGUUAAUCACGUAGGCAAUUUAGAUGCUGGGCAUUACACAGCGUAUGUCCGGCAGCAUCGCGAUCAGUGGUACAAGUGUGAUGACCACAUGAUAACCCGAGCCACUAUCCAGGAUGUUCUGCAGAGCGAGGGGUACCUACUCUUUUAUCACAAGCAGAUUCUGGAGUAUGAUUGAAAAGAUUUGUUUCAGUUCCACAUUGAGUUUCAUGAUUAUUCUUUUCUGUAAUCUCAACUUUCAAAGCCUGAUUACCAUGCUCUGACAGAGAAAAUAAAAUGCCAGGAGUCAGCAUUCUGACAGAGCAGCUCACUCGGUCAAAUUGAUGUUUGGUGCAAACAGAUGGGCAAGUCUGUUUAUGACAAAGAAACUUCAUCUACGUCUGGCAGUGGCUCAUCAUCCUUUGAAUGACCGUAGCAGUUGUGUGGGAGUCUCAAGUGCAAAUUGAGAGUGAAAUGUAAUUGCAAAGAGCUAAACCUUUGCAGUAAGAAAUAGCAGGGUUUUGCAGUGUCCGGUUACAGCUGAUAUAUUUAUUAUUUAGUGUAAUUAGUGCUUUAUACCCCAUUUCAUUUUGCCAUUCAUGCUCUGAAAGGUGAAUAGGUGUGAAUUUAAUCUAGUCUGUUGCCUGUAAUUUUACAUUUGGGUCCAGAAUCAGUGGAAAACAAGACAAAGCAAAAUCUUUGAAAUAUUUACAGUAGUUAUUGAAAUGGUUCAGAAUAUUUUCAUGUGGUCAUUUACAGCAGAAAUAUUGAGGUCUGUGUACAUUUUCAUUUAAGUAGCACUUGUCAGAGUAUUAUAUCCAUUUACUGAGUUUGACAUAAAAUUUGAAGUAAAUGCAGUGGCUUAUGUGGGGGUCAGAUCAUAUGCAUAACAUAGAAAAGUGGAUAUUUGAGUUACCUUGGACGGGUAUCUAACUGGGAUGGAACCCUUGUGGUUCCUGGUGUUGGUUGUGGGAACAGGAUCUAAUAAUUAAUCAUUCUUCUUGGGGUCAAGAAGCUUCAUACGUAGUAAUAUUCUCUCAUUUAAUUUUUCUACCAAACAUUGUGUUUGUUUUUGAGCCGAUGGCUUUUUCAUUAGGAGAAUAUUGACUUCUUCAUCAGUUUCAUUCAUAGGGCUGUGUAAUAAUCAUUUGAUUCUUCAUGGAUUGAGAUAUUUAAUACACAAACAGUAUUAUGGGCAUUUUUUUAUUAUAAUUAUAUGUACUAUCUUUAAUUGUCAUGUCUAAUGUCGGGAGUAUAUUCUGCAUGUUCAUGUGUUUGGGACUACUUAAAAAAGUGAAGUAAAUCUUCAGGAAUUAAGCCAAAGUUAAAAAAAUUUGGAGAGAGAGAGAGAGAAAAGGUUGGAGAAUGUGUGUAUGCAUGGAUGGAUGAAUGAUGGCAUGUUUGACAAGAGCACUCUUGAAUUAAGCCCAUCUUCAAUCAAAUGUACAUCAAUAGGGUAAUCAAUAUAUAGUAUUCCUCUCUUCCUCUGCUGUGACUUGGUGGUUCAUAUGUUAGUCACUUGUCAAAAGUUGUCAGUGUGUGGAUUGUCUGGCCUGAUUUGUCCCUUGUAGUAUAUUUUUUAUUUUAUUGAAAGGCCAAGACAUUUUACGAUUGGUUGUAAACAGAGGUCCAUGUUUUUAUGUUCAUUACUUAAGGUUAAAGGAACGUCAUGAAGAAUAGUUGCUAUUUUACAACUUGAUUUAAGAGUUUUGUUGAUGCUGCAGAGUGAAAGUCGCAAGACUUAGUUGGUAAUAGUCAUGCUUCGGAUGAACUUUGGCAAGUCAAUAGACAUUUCAGGCUAAUUCUUGCUGUUGAAGAAGCAUCACUUACUGAUGAAGUGGAGGAACUGCACCAGAGUUGCCUCCCCUAACAUACCUCAAGUCCGCCACGUCAUUAUUUUGCCAAUAUAUGGGUGCGAAUAAAUCUUGUAGAUCUAUAGGAUAUCAUAUUGUGCAAUUCUUUAGAAGUAUAAGUAGGCUUUUGUACUCUUUUUGUAAAUGCCUAUAGUAUCUUGUGCACAGGCAGAUUUUAGACUGUUGGGUGCUGUUUAAUGUCAUUCAACAUGGCAGAAAUUCUUCUACAAGAACUUUAGACUUUGUAUUUUUGGGAAAAUGGAUGUGAAUUACACUCAUUCUUACCUACGUUUUUGAAAGCUCCAUUGCCAUUAUUUAGUAAGUUUGUCAUAAAUUAACAGUAGCAAGUAUCAUCGUGUAGCGUGAAAGUUACUUCAAUAACCAGGUAUGCAAGACAUGCAGUGUGUUAGGAUGUAGUUACGGAAAAUUUUCUUCAGAUUUUUACAUUGCUGAGGUUUGUGUGCAUGUUAAUCCUGGAGCAGAUGUAAGGAAAUAUAGGGUACUUACUAAAAUUUUUUUCUUUUUUUACAGGAAUCAAAGUUUUUAAAUGUGUCAUACCAGUUUUAUAUACUUUUAACCACAAAAUUAUAGAAAUGGACAAAAUAUAGCCAACUAAGAAGCUGUUGCAUAUCUGUAUGACAUGGAUUCUUUGUUUGCCACGAUAGUGGUUAUUUUGUAAAUAACAGGUGGUGUUAAGUGUAUCUGGUUUUUAAUCGGAAGGAAAGUUUGGAGUUUUCCUACAAUUUGUAUCAAAGCCGCUAAAGAUGGUCUUGCUAACGAAAUGGGAAAAUGUAAGUUUGGCAUGGUAUUUGAUGUGCCAAAAAGUAUCAAGCCAUUCUUUGUUUUCUAUUUAUAAUUUUUGUAAUACAUAUUGCAGUUUUAAAUAGGCCUAAUGUGUUGUCAGUAUUAAUGGUUUUGGAAUACUAUAUCCAUGUGCAAUACAGAUGUGUUCUUUGCAGAUAUUGUAAGAACAUUCCACAACAAAUGCAAGAGUUAGGUAUUGUAAUUAGUCCUUGCUUUUUUGAAUAUCGUAAUGUCAUCCAAUCAGAAAGCUUUUAUGUACAUUCUUAAGAUUGUGUUAUUUAUGACUACAGCUUCAUCCUGCAUGAACGGGUUAAGGUUUACUUUGAUAUGUUUAUUUUCAGAUCUUGCUUACAUUAUCACUGUUGUAAAGAUGGUCGAGUUAUGGCCUUGGGCAGCCUUUGCUGAAUACCAUGCAUCUCAGGUGUUCUUUGUGUUUGUAGUUUGAUAGAUAGUUUUAAAGUUGAUUAUGACAUACUUAAGUACAAACCCUGUACUUUGCAUAUUCUUUAUAUCCCAAAGGCAGUGCAUGUGUGUAGGAUUCCAAAUUGACGUUUAAUACUACUAACAUGCCAGUGGUGCCUAGAAGGUUAGGCAUCCUUCCAAAGAGGGAUUGAAAAGCUACUUACUACUUAUCUAGUUUAACAAUAUACUGCUGGUAUCAGUGUAAUAUAAGCAUUGUGUGACUGUAGAACUCCAUCUUUAUUUCAUUAUCAUAGUAAUGAAAUUUAUUUUUCAAAAUAUGUACUAUUUUUUGUGUACAUGUUGCCUAUUCUUAGCUUCCCUUAUAAUCUUUGUCUGGAAAUGUGAAGACUAUCACACCUUUACAAAAAUUCAGUCAGUUAAUACAGAUCACGUUUUAUUAUUUGGUGAAAAUCAAAUUUUUCUCACUUUUUAUUUGUAGCUGUAGGCAUUUUUUCCUCACUGGGUAGCUUUGUGCUAUAUGUGUGUUUCAUGUAUAUAAUAUUUUUUUAUUUCAUCUGGAAAUUGUCAUAUUAAAUUUUCAAUGAACUAUUUUUUAACUCCAGGUACAAUGCUAUAAAUUGCAUCCCUGUCUUGGUAGCAUACAUAAACCAUAUUAUUUUGGGUUUUCUCAACUUUCAUGAAUGGUUUCCUUUUGUAACAAAAUUGUCAGAUAAGCUUGCUAAUACAAGAAUGUUUAUAGUCACAGAACUUUCAGUCGACGAUGGGCAGGAUUGCUCCCCUCUAAUUUUGAGGUUCAAGGCUAUUGCUUCCAUUUAGUCAGUGACCUAGAUCGUGUUCCCAAAUUUUAAGUGUCAUCAAGGGCAUUGGAGACUAGGACUUGUCAUGAAGCUGGAAGAGGGUCUAUUGGUCUGUUGGAUCAGUAGGGCCUUCUGAGCUCUACCAUACUAUGGAACAUAGUGAAACCAGGAGUUCCCUAGGUAUGCUAAAACGAGUGUCUCAGUCCUGCUUCUGAAGUUGUAAUUAAAGCUACCUCACCUGCUGCAUCAAUGGUAGUAGUACAGAACUUGAAGCACUGGAACAGUCAACAAGAUCUACAGUCUUACUGGAAAUUAAGGUUCCAUGUUCUACCCUGAAACAACCUGGAGGCCGAGUUUCCUGUUGUGAAAUAACCUGGGGUCCUAGCUUCCUGCCACAAAACUAAAAUAAGUAAGGUCCUUGUGUCUUUGCAGUGAAACAGAAAUGACUCUGGUCCUCAUGACUUGCCUUGCCUUAACUCAAUCUAAUACCCUCCUAUUCUGUAAUGGAAGUAACUGGGGUUCCUGUUUCCUGGCCUUAAGUGAAAUGACCGAGAUCAUCCCAUCCUGCCCUGAAACUGAAAUGAUUGUUAUCCUCUUGUCCUUCCCUGAAGUUGGAUAACUGAAGUCGUCCUGACCUAGCGCAGAAACGACUGGGUCCUCAUGUCUUGAUCCAAAUUUCUAAUAAGUGGGGAACCCUUGUAUCUUGCUCUGCUCCUACAAGGUUUUCAGGCCUAGGUUCUUGGCCUGAAUUUGAAAGAUCAGGGGCCUCGUGUUCUAUCCUGCAGCUGUUUGUGUUACUGUGAAACUGAAAAGACUCGGAGUAACAGUAUCCUGACCUGAAAUUUAUAUCUUUCUUGCCCAUAACCUGAUUCAUGUUGUGACUGGAGUCCUUGUACCCUGCUCUGAUGCUGCAAUGACAGUUGUACCCAUAAUUUGCCCACAUGGUAAAAUUAUAGGGGUCCCCAUAUUUUGCCCUGAUGCUACAACAGUACGUAAGGUUCUUCAUGUUUGUCCUGUUGCUGAAAUGACAGGUGCCCUCAUGUCAUGUCAUGAUGCUGCAGUGAUGGGCCUUCACAUUCUGCCAUCAUGUUACAAUGAAAGAGAUCCUUGAGCCCUGUUUUGAGGCUGCAGUAUGCUGUCCCAAAACAGAAAUAUUUGAGAUCCGCAAUUUUGAAUUUUGUGUUCUCUCAUGAAGUUGGAUGGACUGGAAGUCUCCUUUUUUGUUAUGAUAGUGGGAAAACUAGAAUUAUUAUAUCCUGCCAUGAAGCUGAUACAUGGGCCAUACAAGAGAGGUUGUGAAACUGGAAUUUAAUUGUGUCUAUAAAGCCUGAAAGAUGGAGUCACUAGUGGGGUGACUGUUGAGCUAAAACAAAGCAGGUCAUGAUAACUGUCAAGCUAGAAUGACAGGAUUCCAAGUGGGAUGACUGUCAUACUGGAAGACAUCUUCUGUGUGACUACCAACCUGGAAUCAUAUGGGGGGCUCUGGUGGGUGAGGUGAUUGUCAAGCUGGAACAAUUGGGUGUUUCUGAGCUGGUGACUCAAGCUAGAAUGGUAGGCUUCCAAUCUGUCUGCUACCAAACAGCAAUGAUGGAACCUCGUGUAGUAACUCUACCUGGGAUGAAUGGUGUUAAGGUGUCUCAGUUGUGUCUUUGAAGUUGGAGCAAUGGAGCUUAGUGUUAAGAAGGUGAAAAGACCCCUACAUGCUCCUUGAUGUUGGGAUCACAGGUCAAAGGAGAAACCUCCACAUGCUCCGUGAUGUUGGGAUUGUAGGUAUGGAAUGACAGGAAGUAUUGAAACCUAAGUGGAGUUUGUUGUAUUACUCAGCUGUAAUUUUGGGAGCUUCCCACUGUAUUUCUUUCUCAAGAACUUUUAGGACUAUGAUCUGUCUUAGCCAUGAAACUGUAUUACUUUCUUUCAUUCUUCCCUGAAGCUGGAACUUUGGGGGUCAAGGAUUCUGCCUUGAAGCUAGUUCAUUGGAGUAGUCAGGCUUUGGUUGCAGUUUUGGGAAAUUAGGUUUAGUUUACUCCUCUGGCUUGACCCUAUUUUUGUUCAUAUGACCAUAUUUAUUGCACUGCCCUGAGUUGAACUAGAGACAGAUGUGCCCAGAAUGUGGAACAGAUUCCUGAAGUGUUCUGCUAGCGGAACAACCUGGCCUUGCACUUACUCUGUAGUAGGAACAUCCUUAUCUUGUACCCUACUGUUAAACUAGAAUGAUCAAGUGGUCUUUGGUUCUUACUCUGAAGGCAGAAGGAUGAGUAUUUUGAGUCUCUAGCUGGAGGAAACUUUUUCAGACUAAAAUGACUAUGUGGAUGGAUUUUAUGUAUCCUAACUUGAAUACAUUCAUAGACUGAAAAUUUGGUCUUCGGCACUGUUACGUGGCUUUCGUUCAUAAAGUUCACUGGAAGGAAGGUCAUAAGGUGUCGGAACUCCUAUGGUGGUGUAAUCUGACCGAGUAGACUACCAUGCAUACCAAAAUAUCAAAUGUGAGCAACAGUACCUGCAGUGCCUGCUUUCUUUGCAAUGCUGGGAAAUUCAUAAGUAGUAUAUGCAGUAUGUGAAUGUUCAAGAUCACAAGAUCAUCUGCAUUGUAGGGAGAGGAAAUGCUUGUAAGAAGGGCUGGUCACAGCGUACCUCACACUUUGCAUGAUGGUUGGUGGUCAUCUUGAUCAUCAACUGCGGAUUAAUAUUGAAUAAGCAAACUUCCAGUGUCAGAUCAACAGAAGAAAUUUUUUACUAUCUUUUACUAAUACAGCUUGAAGAUACUACUCGUCCGAGUAGUCAUCAUCAGUACUUGACGUGGAAAAAAGUUCAAGCCCUCACACCAGAUGUGAAAAAGUUUCAAGACCUCACACCAGAAGUAAUUUAUUAGGACCUAUGUCACUUAGGAGGCACGAUGCUGUAUUAAUUUUCUUACAAUCCCUCAUGUAGUAAACUAGCCUGCUAAUCACUGCUGGUACCUGUGUGUAUUGGGUCAAUUUAGAAUGGUUUGCUUUCUCUGCCAAUAACAAUAAAGCUGUGGUUUGUACUUAGUUAAAAUAUAAUAUGAAAUUGAUAAAAAUAGGAUACACCAGUAAUUUUUUUCUUGAAUGUCAAAAAAAUUGAGUGGAGAAUCAUAAAAUUUUGCAUAUGAAAGAAUAAUCUAAAGAAGUGUAGGGGUGGCUAUUGUGGUAACUGUACUUUUCUGUAAAAGUGUUCUUGCUUUCUUAAUUUUUGACCUUUCAUUUUGGAUGGUUUGAGCUUCCUUUUUUUUUGUGAUGAAAGUAUCCCCAAAUGAAGGUUUACAUUGACAUAUCAUUGGAAGGAAAGAUAAUGAAUUAUUUAUGUGAUAGAUUGUAUGUGUUCAGAUGUUCACAAAGCUGUUCCUAGCGAGUGGCCAGAGUUCGUAUGUAUGUUCAUAUUGUCUGUCUGCAGUUGUGUUUCAAGUUGUAAAAGAUUAGAUUUUUUAUGGAAGCAAUGAGUGUAGGGAGUGAGUGUUGCCUUAGCUUGUAUAACCACCUUGUGACCAGCCACUAUCUGUGAUACACGGCGGGGCGCCGCGCCCGGGCUUCAUGUCAAGGCUCAGUCUCAGUAAACUUAAGUAACAGUCA